AUGGCUCCAUGCGACCACAAAUUCAAAGUCAUCAUGUCCAAUCCCCGGAUGGCCAUUGCUCUCACCACGGCGGGAAGUCAUAAUUGCGCCACGUGCCGGGUGACAUUCUUGCGACAAGCGACCGUUGUCCCCAAAGCCGCGUAG